AUUUCCGAGAACCAAUUUGUGAGUAAAUGGAAGCUGGGAAAACACAGGUCUUUAAACCAUGGGCGGUCUUCAUUCUAGCAAUCCUCAUGGCUGGAUUGUGCGCGGGACAUGAUAAACAUAUCGAACCAAGAAAGCUCGCUAGUACUACUGACAGACCAGGUUCAAUAAGCAUUGAUUGUGGGGUGAGUGAAGAUUAUCCUGAUGAACAAAGUGGAAUACAUUACAAGUCAGAUUCGAAUUUCGUUACAGCUGGAGAGAAUAAACAGGUACUCCCGCGAUACAUACCCACACAUCCUCAACUCGGGAAGAUGCUUAACACCUUGAGAAGUUUUCCAAAUGGAAAGAAGAACUGUUACAACCUUAAGCCUGAAAUGGGCAAAGGCUACAAUUACAUGAUCAGAGGCUUCUUCUUUUAUGGAAAUUAUGAUGGCCAGAAUAAACCUCCUGCGUUUGAUGUAUACCUAGGAGUGAAUUAUUGGCUGACCGUCAACUUCAGCGACGACACAACAUUUUAUUACAAUGAAAUCAUCCAAUUUUUGUGGACCGAUACAAUAAAUGUCUGCUUGCUGAAUACUGAUUUUGGUAUUCCAAUCAUUUCUGGAUUGGAACUUCGGUUUUUGAACAACUCUAUUUACCAGAUUGAAUCAAAAUCAAAAGUACUCCGAGCCGUGCGUUAUGACAUGAUCACUAACACUUCCGUAUCCAGGUACAAAGAUGAUGUUUACGAUCGUUUAUGGCGUCAUUAUAGUAUUCCCGAAGCGAAAAUAAUCGAAGGGAAUGCAAAUAUCGAUAUCCAAGCAAGUAACAAUAUUUAUGAAAUUCCAAUGGAGGUUUUAAACACAGCUGCACAACCACCAAGUCGCUUGGAUUCGUUGAAUUAUUUGUUCAACGCAUCAUAUUUUCAUCGUGGUUCCUUAUCUUGGUCUUCAAGGGAUUUAUAUGUCUACUUCCAUUUGGCUGAAAUUGUAAAUACCACGAAAGAUCAACAGCGAGAGAUCAGCAUUACUUUGAAUGGUGUCAAGUUGCCGCCAAUUACUCUUGAAUACUUGAAACCACAAAGCAUAGGACCUCAGAUAUUUCCGGUCAAAGGAAUUGCCAACAUUUCAAUUGAGGCAACUGCAGAGUCUACUCUUCCACCUCUUCUCAAUGCCUUUGAGAUUUAUGAAGUGCAUAAUUUAUUAACGUCACCAACGAAUACUGUGGAUGGUACGAAAUUUUAUUAUUAUUAUUUUAUUUUUAAAUCUAAUUGAUACUAUUAGUACAUAAAAAAAAAUUUGAUUG